AUGCAGAAAAAAAUUGAUCAAUUCUGUAAAAGAAAGUCAAAGUUGACAUCUUCUAUAAAGAGAAAUGAUGUCAACUCUUCUAUAGAGAGAAAUGAUGAUAGUUUAAAGCAAAGCCGUUUUGACAUUAACUUGGAGGAUCUUCAAGCAGAUCCAGGACUACGGGCUCGAAUCAUGGAUUACCAUCCUAAUAUUCGAGACGAACUUUGUAGAGCAUAUUAUCUAAAAGGCCCUUAUAUUGGAAAACAAUCAGGAGAUGACUUUUUUGUGGGUGAGGGGUUUUCAAAUUGGAAGAAGAAGGAAAAACUCAAAGUUUAUGUUGGAGGUCCCAAUGGUGCCUACAACCAAGCUUAUAGAUCUUAUGAAGCUUUGGUGAACCAAAAGCAACACAUUCAAACAAUUUUUUUCAAGCAGUCAGAUCAAGCUAGAAUUGAAUAUCGAACUCGUUUGACUGCAUCAGUUGAUUGUGUCCGAUAUCUUUUACAGCAAGGACUUGCAUUUUGUGGCCACGAUGAAGCUGAUGAUUCAAACAAUCAAGGGAACUUUCUUACACUUUUGAGAUUUCAUGCUCAUCACAAUAAGGAUGUUAAAGCUGUCGUAUUGGAAAAUGCUCCUGCAAAUAUGAAAUUAACAUCACCCGAGAUUCAAAAAGAAAUUAUUAAUUCCAUUGCAACAGAGAUAAUCAAUUUUACUAUUAGAGAUAUUGGAGAUGCAUUUUUCUCUAUUUUAAUUGAUGAGUCUUGUGAUGUAUCAAUAAAGGAGCAAAUGGCUAUUGUGUUACGUUAUGUGAAGAAUAGGAGUAUCAUUGAGCGUUUUAUUGGUACGGUACAUGUUAUAGAUACAACUGUUCUCUCACUUAAGGUAGCGAUUGAUAAUGUAUUUUUUACACAAGGAUUGAGCAUUUCUAGUUUGCAUGGGCAAGGUUAUGAUGGGGCUAGCAAUAUGCAAGGUGAAUUCAACGGUCUCAAAACACUUAUUCUAAAAGAGAAUGAAUUUGCCUUUUUUGUUCAUUAUAUUGCUCACCAACUUCAGUUGGCUCUUGUUGCUGUGGCAAAGAAUCAUGGUCAGAUUUCCACUUUUUUCUUAUUUGCUGCUAAUGUGGUGAAUGUAGUUGGAGCCUCAUUCAAGCUCAAAGAACUUCAUAGUCAACUUGAGACUUAUAUUCUUGAUGUGCGCUCUAAUAGUAGUUUUGAAGGAUUGAAAGGGAUUUCUACUCUUGCAAAAAAAAUGGUGGAGGUAAAAAAGGACAAGGUGUAUCCAUUGGUGUAUUUGCUUGUGACAUUGGCGUUGAUCUUACCAGUUGCGACUACCACGGUGAAAAGGGCAAUUUCUGUUAUGAAUAUUGUAAAGAAUGAAUUGCGUAAUCAGAUGGGAGAUCAAUUUAUGAAUGAUAGCUUGGUUGUAUAUGUUGAAAAAGAUAUAUUUAGGAGCAUAGAUAAUGAGGCUAUCAUGCAGCGCUUUCAAAAAAUGAAAUCCCGCCGAAGACAGUUGUAA